GUCUCUUGGACAGAUUCCAUGGCUCAGCAGGUGUGAUGAAGCAGGAAUGUGGGACCAGCCCUGGGAGCACUGCUGGCUACAGCUUGUCUCCAAUGUCCUCAUUUUCUCCUGCACUAACAUCGUGGGCGUCUGUACCCACUACCCGGCUGAGGUCUCCCAGAGACAGGCCUUUCAGGAGACCCGGGAGUGCAUCCAGGCCCGGCUCCACUCCCAGCGGGAGAACCAGCAGCAGGAACGGCUCCUACUGUCUGUCCUUCCCCGGCAUGUUGCCAUGGAGAUGAAAGCAGACAUCAAUGCCAAGCAGGAGGAUAUGAUGUUCCAUAAGAUUUACAUCCAGAAACAUGACAACGUGAGCAUUCUGUUUGCCGACAUUGAGGGCUUCACCAGCCUGGCGUCCCAGUGCACAGCUCAGGAGCUCGUCAUGACCCUCAAUGAGCUCUUCGCCCGCUUCGACAAGCUGGCUGCGGAGAAUCACUGUUUACGUAUUAAGAUCCUGGGGGAUUGUUAUUACUGCGUCUCUGGGCUGCCUGAAGCCAGGGCUGACCACGCCCACUGCUGUGUGGAGAUGGGCAUGGACAUGAUUGAGGCCAUCUCGUUGGUCCGGGAGGUGACUGGGGUGAACGUGAACAUGCGCGUGGGAAUUCACAGUGGGCGAGUACACUGCGGUGUCCUUGGUCUCAGGAAGUGGCAGUUCGAUGUCUGGUCUAAUGAUGUCACGCUGGCCAACCACAUGGAAGCUGGGGGCAAGGCCGGACGCAUCCACAUCACCAAGGCCACACUCAACUACCUGAACGGGGACUACGAGGUGGAGCCGGGCUGUGGGGGUGAGCGCAAUGCCUACCUCAAGGAGCAUAGCAUCGAAACCUUCCUCAUCUUGCGCUGCACCCAGAAGCGGAAAGAAGAGAAGGCCAUGAUCGCCAAGAUGAACCGCCAGAGAACCAACUCCAUUGGGCACAACCCACCCCACUGGGGGGCCGAGCGCCCCUUCUACAACCACCUGAGUGGCAACCAGGUGUCCAAGGAGAUGAAGCGCAUGGGCUUUGAAGACCCCAAGGACAAGAAUGCCCAAGAAAGUGCCAACCCUGAAGAUGAAGUAGACGAAUUUCUGGGCCGUGCAAUUGACGCCAGGAGCAUCGACAGACUGCGGUCCGAGCAUGUCCGCAAGUUCCUCUUGACCUUCAGGGAGCCUGACUUAGAGAAGAAGUACUCCAAGCAGGUGGAUGACCGAUUCGGUGCCUAUGUGGCAUGUGCCUCGCUUGUCUUCCUCUUCAUCUGCUUUGUCCAGAUCACCAUUGUGCCCCACUCCCUGUUCAUGCUGAGUUUUUAUCUGACCUGUUUCCUGCUGCUGACCUUGGUGGUAUUUGUGUCUGUGAUCUACUCCUGCAUGAAGCUCUUCCCAUCCCCUCUGCAGUCCCUCUCCAGGAAGAUCGUGCGGUCCAAGAUAAACAGCACCUUGGUUGGCGUGUUCACCAUCAUCCUGGUGUUCCUGUCGGCAUUUGUCAACAUGUUCAUGUGCAACUCCAGGGACCUGUUUGGCUGCCUGGCAGAGGAGCACAACAUCAGCACCAGCCAGGUCAAUGCCUGCCACGUGGUAGAGUCGGCCACCAACUAUAGCCUGGGUGAUGAGCGGGGUUUCUGUGGCAGCUCCUGGCCCAACUGCAACUUCCCUGAGUACUUCACCUACAGUGUGCUGCUCAGCCUGUUGGCCUGCUCCGUGUUCCUGCAGAUCAGCUGCAUCGGGAAACUGGUGCUCAUGCUGGCCAUCGAGCUCACAUACGUGCUCGUGGUGGAAGUGCCCGGCAUCACCCUGUUUGACAAUGCUGACCUGCUGGUGACUGCCAAUGCCAUAGACUUCAACAACAACGGGACCUCCCAGUGCCCUGAACAUGCAACCAAGGUGGCACUGAAGGUGGUGACACCCAUCAUCAUCUCAGUCUUCGUGCUGGCCCUGUACCUACAUGCCCAGCAGGUGGAGUCUACUGCCCGCCUGGACUUCCUCUGGAAACUGCAGGCCACGGAGGAGAAGGAAGAGAUGGAGGAGCUGCAGGCUUACAAUCGGAGGCUGCUGCACAACAUCCUGCCCAAGGAUGUGGCUGCCCACUUCCUGGCCCGCGAGCGGCGCAAUGAUGAGCUCUACUACCAGUCAUGCGAGUGCGUGGCUGUCAUGUUCGCCUCCAUCGCCAACUUCUCCGAGUUCUAUGUGGAGCUGGAGGCCAACAACGAGGGCGUCGAGUGCCUGAGGCUGCUCAAUGAGAUUAUUGCUGACUUUGAUGAGAUCAUCAGUGAGGACCGGUUCAAACAGCUGGAGAAGAUCAAAACCAUCGGCAGCACCUACAUGGCUGCCUCAGGCCUCAACGACACCACCUAUGACAAGGUGGGUAAGACACACAUCAAAGCACUGGCUGACUUUGCCAUGAAGCUGAUGGACCAGAUGAAGUACAUCAAUGAGCACUCCUUCAACAACUUCCAGAUGAAGAUUGGGCUCAACAUUGGGCCGGUGGUGGCCGGUGUGAUUGGGGCUCGCAAGCCUCAGUACGACAUCUGGGGCAACACGGUGAAUGUGGCCAGCCGCAUGGAUAGCACCGGAGUGCCCGACCGUAUCCAGGUCACCACGGACAUGUACCAGGUGCUGGCUGCCAACACCUACCAGCUGGAGUGCCGGGGUGUGGUCAAGGUCAAGGGCAAAGGCGAGAUGAUGACCUACUUCCUCAACGGAGGGCCUCCACUGAGCUAGCAGCUGGCUGGUGGCACUAGGCAUCCCUGCCUCCAGAGCAAUGCAGAUAGCUUCUCUAUGUGUGGGGGGCCAGUGGCCACCUGUGCUCCCACCCACGUGGUCACCUGGUGAGAUUUCUCCACAUUGAUUCCAGAAGCAGCUUCUGCCUUCCUUCGUGGGUAACUUCCGACCUGGGGCCCAGGGUGCCAGCGUCCUGUGAGCACUGAGCUGACCAAAGAUGUUUCCCUCUGUAGAAGACUCCGCUAGGCUCGAUCUGAAUCUUGAGUUACUGGGGCAUGCUGCUGUGUGGGUGGACAGAAACUGCUGGUAUGUUUCUGGGUGUUUGGCAACUGACACCAUGGCACAGCUGAGGGAGAGGCCCUGGCCUUAGGGGCAGGGUGGGAAGGCAGGGGAACCAGGCUGCCCCCAAGGGUCUGAGGCUAUGGGCCCUGCUCCACCAAGGGGAACUUGGGUGGGAGUGCUGGCUUUGGAGGGACUGUGGCCUUCACUGCUGCAUGCCUACACCCACACCCACACAGGCAGUGCCUCAUCCAGGGGGAGCAGAACUACUAUGAGGGGGAGGCAAGAGGACCUGAAGUGGUGGUUCUGAGGAAAAAGAAACAUAUUUAUUAAAUAAAGCAAAACACGUUUUCUGUGCCCUUCUUUAGACUAUGCUAGUUGUAUGCGUAUAAGAGACCUACAGAGCAAACAAGGAUGUCACGGGGGGGGGGGGGGAGUUGGGCUGUGGGGACGGGGAUUUCGAUGUGUCUUUUUUGUAUUUUUCAUUUUGUAUUAUGGAAAACCUUGGAGAUCUAACAGAUAUACCAAAUUCUAUAUUUUGUAAAUUAUCUUAGACAAACAGCUGUGCACAGCAGGGUGUGUGUGCUCACUGUACUGUAUGUGUGUCAGUGUACUUGCUGCUCUAUCUGUGCGCCUGUCUCUGCUGGCCCCUCCCAGAUGCCCAUGUCCCUCACUUUUGAUUUGGCAGUUUGGGGUUCUCCCAGGUUCAGCCAGAGAUGUGAGCAUGCCCUUUUGGGCACCAUAUGUUUAGAUUUAGUAGGACGAUGCUUGGAUACAUUAAUUACCCCCUCUAACACACACAUCACUUUCCCCAAGGAAAUAGUGAGAGGAAAAACACACUGCUUUCCCAUCUCAGGCUUCCCAGGGAAGCUGUCAUACCCCAAGAUGUCAGCCAUUUGCUGCAGCACCCCCUGGAGCUCCUGCAUGUCUGGUGCUCAACUGGGAAGGGUAUGGACGAGCUUGCUUGGCUUCCUCGGUCAGCUAAGGUGCAGAUGGCAUUCUGUGCAAAGAAUCCCCCAGACUUGGGGGUGUCAUGUGCAGCCUUCAGGUUCUAGGCAGUGAGAACCUCUUACCUUUUACUGCAAAUCAGACAGGAAGGGGUCGAGCCCCACUCCAGAGUCCCUGGGGGCAAAGCUAGUGUGCUGUCUGGCUGUUCAGGGGGUUGUAUGUAUGUGUGUGUGGGGGGCAAACAGGCAGUUAAGUAUACUUAUUUAAAAUACAUAUAUUUUUAUGCACUAAUAAGGAAGCAUUUGGAAAAUGAUAUACUAUCAGAGAUAUUCAAACAGAAUCCUUGGGGCCUGUGCCUAGAUCUUUUCAUUGCUUCUCAGGGCAGAAUCAUUCUCACCUCCAACAGGAGCUUGAAGGAGGUGAGGUGGCAGCUAUAUGCCAACUGCUGAAAUGUUACCUUGACGCCCAUCUGCACCACCUGUCAUAAUCCCCUUUCCACAGAUCACUUCCUACUCUGGUUUGACAUGGCUUUGAGAGGCAAGGCUUAUGGACCUGAAACUGCCAGCCUGGGUCAGUGCGCACACUUGCUGCUCCACCCUUUGAUUCUCUAUUGACCCUCUUGCAUCUCCUGUGAGGGGCAGGCUUUCUCCGUGUUGUCCUCAAGCCCCUGCUCUCCAUUCUCGCUCGCCGGUGGUGCUGGGUUUUCGUUUUGCUUCCAACCUAAGUACCGUGUGUGUGUGUGUGUGUGUGUGUGUGUGUGUGUGUGUGUGUGUUUGUGUAGUUCCCCCACCCCCCAUUGGUCACAGCCUCCUCCCUGGCCUCAUGGGGGGCCCAUCCUCCCCACCUCAGCAGUGACUGGUGACAAUGUGCAGUGCUAGCUCUUCAUUUAUUCCCUUUAAGGGGUGUGCACUCUUUUUAUUCCUGCUCUUGCAAAAACAAAAAAUGGAUACAAUUAUGAUUUCCCAUGGAAAUUGAAAAGUCUAUUUAAAUAAUUUAACUAUUAAACACUUUCACUGGUAA